GCACCUAUGGCGUUUAGAAAUGAACCAGCAAAUCCUGAAAAAAUGAAAGCAUUUGAAGAUACUUUGGUAUUGUUGGAUGAAUUUUUGAACAAAACGGCUUACGUUGCUGGAAAUCAUAUCACCAUAGCUGAUUUUGCAAUUAUUUCAACCCUAGCUACCAUACAAGUCUUUCUUGAUUUUUCAUUUGACAAAUACCCCAGAAUAUCUUCAUGGAUGUCUAAACUCAAGAAAGAAAUCCCAUCUUAUGAAGAAAUCAAUGAAAUUCCUGUUAAGAAACAUAAGGAGUACUUAUUAGCAAAGAGACGUCAAUCUAGCAGUAAUUAAGUAUCGAAAUAAUAACAUUGCUGAAUUGGUCAUUGUUAAUAUUCUAAUAUUUGUUAUUCCGUUACAUUAUUUAUAAUUUUCUGCGUGUUGUGUGAUAAAUCGCACACAUUUGUUGUGUUAAAAACUUGACAUUAAAAAUAAUUAUAAAAAAAAAUUCGGUUUA